GAGGGUCUGGGGAAGGAUUUGGGGGCCUCAGCACCCCCAGAGGGGAAGGACCCAGGGCUGGGAGGGGCCGGAGCUCUCACCAGGGAACCCCCCGGAGCUGGGUUCAGACCCCCGCCCUAAACUCCCCCAGCAGCUCCUUGCCAGCCCCAUCCCACCCUGGGAAUGGCUGGACAGACGGACAGAGGGACACAGCCUGUCCUGAGCCCACCUGGGGGCGUUUAAUGAGCUGGGGAGGGUCCUUCCCCCCCAGGAAAUGGAGCUGAGACCCUCCCACCUCAUCACAGUGAUGGGACCACCUGGGACAGGGCUGGGGGGGUGCCCCCCAAGUGUGACACCCCCUGUGUCUUGUCCCAGUGUCACCGUGAGGGGGGACAGCACCUACAGACCCCCCCAAUUUGCACCGGGGACCACCCACAGACCCUCCCCCCCCAAAUGUGACAACCCCAACACCCAAGGGGGGGACACAGCACCCAACCCCCUCCCACCUUAACCCCUGGAGGGGCUCUGCAAACACCCAUUUUCUGCCCAAAAUGAGCCAAAUCUGGCAGAAAUUAAAGGGAUAAAAAUGGGGGUGGUGACAGGACACACCAGGGGGCGGGGUCUUGGAUGGGACAAAGGGACUGGAGGGGCCCCCAUGGAGUCCUCUCUGUCCCCCCCCCCCAUUGUACUGACAACAAACGCUGCCCCCCCUCCCAGUAUUUACUGUCAACACCCCAAACUGGUCCCAACUGGGCCAAACUGGGCCCAACCCCGCUGACAUCACCCCUCCCCGUGCCUAUAAAAGUGGGGGCGGGGCCGCCCACCUGUCCCUGUCUGCUGUCACCCUCUGGCUGCGGGGUGUCCCCCCCCCUGCUGCCCCCACCAUGCUCUUCUGGCACGGCCAACCCGACCACUACUGGUCCAGCCCUGGGGACAUGUACCCCCUGCCCAGCUCCGGGGUGCUCAGGUACCCCCCGAACCCCCCCAAAUCCGCUGGGUUUGGGGAAACUGAGGCACGGCCGAGCGCCCACCCUUUCCGGGGGGUGUAUUCCUGCAGGGACCCCCCCGUUCUGCCCUACCUGAAGCAGGAGGAGCCCAACGGCAUCUCCACGUCGCAGCCGCCGGUCCCGGCGUUCCAGUACGUCCUGUGUGCCCCGACCUCUCCGGCCGUGCGGCACCACGAGGAGACCCUCACCUACCUCAACCAGGGGCAGUCGUACGAGAUCCGCAUGAUGGGAACGCCCCGGGGGGACCCCGCCGAGGGCCGGAGGAUGGUCAAGAGCGUGGUCCGGGUGGUUUUCCACGACCGGCGGCUCCAGUACUCGGAGCAGCAGCAGCUCGAGGGCUGGCGGUGGAGCCGCCCGGGCGACCGGAUCCUCGACAUCGACAUCCCGGUCUCCGUGGGCAUCCUGGAACCCCAAAUCCACCCCACGCUGCUCAACACGGUGGAAUUCCUCUGGGACCCCUGCAGACGCACAUCCGUGUUCGUGCAGGUUCACUGCAUCAGCACCGAGUUCACGCUGCGGAAGAACGGGGGGGAGAAGGGGGUCCCCUUCCGCAUCCAGAUCGACACCUUCGGGGCGGGGGGCAAGGGGGACCCCCCCGAGCACCUGCACUCCGCCAGCUGCCUGGUCAAGGUGUUCAAGCCCAAGGGGGCCGACAGGAAGCAGAAGACGGACCGGGAGAAGGUGGAGAAGCAGCCGGCGCCCGAGCGGGAGAAAUUCCAGCCGGCCUACGAGAGCACCGUGCUGGCCGAGUGCCCCCCGUGGCCGGACGCGCUGGGUGCCCCCCACAGCCCCCCGGGCACCCCGGGGCUGCCGUCCCCCCACCCCUUCAAGCUGCUGAGCCCUGAGAGGGUGUGCGUGUCACCCGCCUGCGCUGCCGAGGGCCCCGCGGAGAGUCCUGGCGAGGCGCUGAGCCCCUGCGCAUCCCCCCUGGAGACGCAGCAGUGGCUGCUCCGGCGUCGCUUCUCCGCCUGCGCCCGCGUCUUCACCAACUUCAGCGGCGCCGAUCUGCUGAAGCUCUCCCGCAGGGACCUGAUCCAGAUCUGCGGAGCCCCCGACGGCAUCCGCCUGUGCCACGCCCUGGCGGGCAGGUGCCCGCGGCCCCGGCUGACCCUGUACGUGGCGCGGGAGCCCGGCGGGGCUGAGGGUGCGGAGGACGCGGGACCAGGGCUGUACCAGGAGCUGCACCUGGAGCAGCUGACAGUGGCCGAGCUCACCGCGAAGCUGGCGGAGCUGCUGGGGCUGCCCCCGGGACAGAUCCUGCGGCUCUCCCGGCAGGGACCCGCCGGCAUCCACGUCCUUGUCAGCGACGCGGUGAGGGCACGGGGACAGCCGCGGAGGAGGGACAGACCCCGCAGCCGUCCCGGCCCCUCGGGGCCCCCAGCGCUGGAGCAGGACGGGGGUCCAGCCCCGCCGAGCUCUCCCCUCUGCCCCGCAGAUGAUCAGGAACCUCCAGGAUGAGACCAGUUUCGUGGUGGCGAUCGCCAAAGCCCCCGGCCCCGAGGGCUUCCAGCUGCUGCUGCGGUAGGACCCGGCCCGGAGCUGCGGCAUCCUGGGAAGGGACAUCUCCGCUGGAGCCGGAGCCGAGCGGGGAUGGAGAGAGGAGCCCGAGGCUGGCACAGCCCCCAGAGCCCUCCCUCCGUCCCUGCCAGGCCCGCCCGAGCAGGGGCCGAGGGGAUGGGACCCGUCCUGUCCCCGGACCCGCCGCGUGUCCCUCGCCGUGUCCCCGCUUUGUAUUAAAGGACGGGGGAGCGGCCCCGAGCGCGGCCUCGUCCCUGCGGCGCCCGCUGGAGUUUGGGGUCCCCAGGGUGGGUUUGGGGUGCGGGGACAGCCCCUCGUUCCCAGCAGUGGACAGAGCGGGGGACACCCCGGCAGAGCAGGCCCCGUCCCACCCCGUGAGGACGGAACCGGCCGCGGCACCGAGCUCGGGGCAGCCCCAGCCGGCAGAGCCCGGUGACGCCUCAUUCCAUUCGGGAAUGGGUUAUUUUUAACACCGAAUCCUUCCCUGAGCCCGGCUCGGGCAGAGCCGGCGGAGCGGGACCGCGGACGUCCUUGGGAGGGAACUCGUGGGGCAAAGGACGGGUUUGGGAUAAACAAACCGGGAGCAGGAGAGGAAGGGGAGGGCCGGGAGGAGCCGAAGGACGCGGGCGAGGAGCUGGGGGGGCCCUGGGACAGCCCCGGGCCGGCGCUGCCAUCACAGACACGGGGACAAGGGGAGGACACGGGGCCCUGGACCCAUCGCUGGAGGGGAGAAGGGAACACUCCCGAGCCUCCCAAAAACACUCAGUGGGGAUCCAAAGCUUGGUCCCAGCACCUUUCCCGACUGUCCCCACGCCGCAGAGAUGGCGCUCGGGGUCACACAGACCAGGGCCACCGUAACUCCUCAUAUUCGUGUGUUUACUUCCAGUUAACGGCGUUGUUACACCCCCAGUGUCAAGGCGAGCACAGACCCCACCAGUUGAACAUUUUCCAGCUCUCUCUGUCCCCCACAUCCAGGGAGGGCAUGACAAGGUCCAGCUCCUGUGUCCGGUCCCUCGGACCGAGCAGCCGCUGGGAGACCCCCGAGUUACAAUGUGAUAAAACCCCUGAGGACCCCCCGACCGCCGGGUCCUGCAGCGGGGUGGGGACAGAGCUGGA